AUGACCUAUAAGCUAGGGCCAUGGGUGAGGUUGGAAGGCGUUUCCAUCCAACAGCUACCACCUGGCGCCAUACCUCUUCAUGGCGCGAGUUCGGAUUCGAAAGAGUCAGCAGAGGCCCCUAAAGAGCGGGAUGACAAUGGAUCAAUUUCAGCAGCGAACAUAUUCUCCUUCAUCACCUCAAUCCUUGCAGAAUCAAUUCCCUUCAUCGAUGGAGUGGCUCCCAAGUCCGGUGGUCCGUCAACUUGGAAGGCCAAAGGAGCGCCCAAGAAGUUUCCAACUUCUAAAGCACCAGUACAUCUUUGCGAAUGGACAGUACCAGGGGCGGAGCUAGACCAGGUAUCGGGGAUGAGCCAAUUCAGUGCGGAUAGAAAGGAUGAAUAUUGGUGUUGUAGGAAAAGCGUCCAUCGUGAUGUUGCAGAGACAGGCACGGCUACAUGGAGGGAGUUCGUACACAAUUUCAAAGACCAUCAUGCGGAGUCUGAGCGGGAUUUCACGCCCACCGUGAUGGAAGCGAGGAAAGCUCUGGAAUGGGAUACGGAGGGUAUUGAGGUUGAAGUCAAUGGGGAGAGGUGGGACAACAUAACGAUGGUUCUUUGCGAGUCGAAGCACAAAAUUGACCCAAAGCCUCUGAAGAACCGAACAUUCCCAGUGGUGCAAGUUACAGCUAUGUUGGCAGGAGCCAAGGAAUUUCUGGUCAUUUCCAUUCCACUCACAGACUUCGACAAGUCACCAUACUCUAAGUUUGCAAAAGACAAGAGUUUGGUUAUUGCUUCAUACACGAGCAUCGAACGAGUAAGGGUUCUACCUGAUAGCGGGGAUAUCGAAUGGAUUAUGGCGACGGCUAGCAACGCGAAAGGGGUUUUGCCACAAUUUGUGCAAAAUAUGGCCGUACCUGGAGCGAUUGCUAAAGAUGUUGAAUUCUUUAUGUCGUGGAUCCCAACGCAAAGAGCCUCUGGGAAUGGCAUGCCUGCCGAUGUCAGUGGUUGA